AUGCAGAUUUGUCUUCAAAAUGAACCAAUUGAAGAACGAAAUUUUUUUAAUGAUUAUAACAAUGUCACAUUUGAAUAUGACAAUCAGGAAACAUUUGAAUCAGGUACCCGCACGAUAAAUGCACCUAAAAUCGACAGCUCCGAGCUCGACAUUGAAACGCAAGCAUUGCAAGCAUCAACAAGUAGAGUCGAGGUGAUCGAGGUCGAAGAAGUUCAACAGCGAAGUUCAUAUAAUUGCUACCGUUGCGCCGCGACAUUUAGAAGGAAACAAGAUUUGCAGAAGCACAUCAAACUGCAUACGGACGACAGUAAAUCUAUAUUGUGUAACGUAUGUGGCGAGCUUUUCGAGGAAACAAACAUAGAGCGGCACGAAUGUAUUAAACACUCCAAGAAGAACGUAUAA